CUAAACCCUCCCUGGCAACCACAACAACCAUCACCAUCGCCGCCGGCGCCAUGGACUUCACUCCGCCGCCGAUCGAAGACGGUUUCACGGCGGAGAAGCUAUUCAACCAGGGCUUCUCCUACACCUACGACGACGUCAUCUUCCUCCCUCACUACAUCGACUUCCCGGCGGAGGCCGUCGAUCUCUCCUCCCGCAUCUCCCGCAACGUCCCUCUCUCCGUCCCAUUCGUUGCUUCUCCGAUGGACACCGUUUCCGAGUCCGCCAUGGGCGCCGCCAUGGCCUCUCUCGGGGCCAUCGCCAUUAUCCACUCCAACAUCUCCCCCGCCACCCAGGCCGCCGUCAUCCGCUCCGCCAAGUCCCGCCGCGUUCCCAUCCUCUCCCACCCGGUCUUCCUCCCUCCCUCAGCUUACAUCGACUCCCUGGACGACUUCGCCGAUUCUCCCUUCAUCCUCGUCACGGAGUCCGGCAACUCUAAGUCCAAACUACUCGGCUACGUGUCAAAAGAAGAUUACACGAAUCAAAGCGACAAGAGCUUGAAAGUUCGCGAUUACAUGGCUCCCUCGACACCUGUUACGGUGCCCUGGAGCCAUGACUUGAAGGAAAUUGACAAGGUCUUGGAGGAGAAGAAGGCGAAUUUCGUUGGGCUGGUGAAAGACAACGAGAUGGUUGAUGUGGUUACCAAGGAUGAUGUUGAGAAGGUUAAAGGGUACCCAAAGCUGGCAGGGCCUGGGUCGGUGGGUGCCGACGGGGAAUGGAUGGUUGGGGCGGCGAUAGGGACGAGGGAGCAAGACAAGGAGAGGUUGGAGCACUUGGUGAAGGCCGGGGUGAAUGUGGUGAUUCUUGACAGCUCACAGGGUAAUUCUAGUUACCAAUUGGAGAUGAUCAAGUAUGUGAAGAAGGUGUACCCGGAACUGGAUGUGGUUGGUGGGAACGUGGUCACUAUGUACCAGGCUGAGAAUUUGAUCCAAGCUGGUGUUGAUGGAUUGAGGGUUGGUAUGGGGUCUGGUUCAAUUUGCACCACACAGGAGGUUUGUGCAGUUGGGCGUGGUCAGGCAACUGCAGUUUACAAGGUUGCAUCUAUUGCUUAUAAAAGCGGUGUUCCUGUGAUUGCCGAUGGUGGCAUCUCAAACUCUGGGCAUAUUGUCAAGGCUUUGUCAUUGGGAGCAUCUACAGUUAUGAUGGGAAGCUUCUUAGCUGGUAGCAACGAGGCUCCCGGAGCUUAUGAAUAUCAGAAUGGUCAACGAGUAAAGAAGUAUAGAGGAAUGGGUUCACUAGAAGCUAUGACUAAAGGAAGUGAUCAAAGAUAUUUGGGUGACACUGCAAAACUAAAAAUUGCUCAGGGGGUUGUUGGAGCUGUUAAAGAUAAGGGUUCUGUUUUGAAGUUCCUACCAUACACCAUGCAAGCUGUCAAGCAAGGGUUUCAAGAUAUCGGUGCCAACUCUCUGCAGUCUGCUCAUGACCUCCUCAGAUCCAAGGUGUUAAGGCUAGAGGUCCGGACUGGAGCAGCGCAGGUUGAAGGUGGAAUCCAUGGUCUGGUUUCUUAUGAAAAGAAAUACUUUUGAAGUAUGAAACCAUCCAAAAUGGUUGUAAGCCGUGGUAGAAAUUGUUGUUGUCAGUUUAGAAAAGGGCAUAAAAUGUUACUCUACAGUCACAAGUUGCUGCCAAUGAUGUUAUUAGAAAUCGAAACAUUGUGGAUGAUGGUGGCCACACCAUGAUUUUAUGGGAUUAAUCCGAGUUAACUUUAAAUUUUUCUUCGGGUUUUGAUUCCGUCAUAGUUGUCUUGUAUUUUAAAUAGAUGUUUUAAUUGGUUAUCUUUUUUGUGCCAAUCAAUACUUC